AUGGCCGACAGGACCUCUUUAGCCAGGUUCCAGAGCCCCAGAAUCUCCUCCCACAUCUCUGAAUCCACGAAGAACCAGUCUUACGUAAAUGUGCCUCAGGAUUCUGCCCCGAGGGACAGAUGGAUGCCCCCCACCACCAUCCUGCUCUGCAAGUCACAGAGCAGCCAGGCCGCCCUGGUGCCCAAGGAACACAAGACAUUCAUGGAGGAAGCCUACAGCGCAGCCAUCUGCUUCAAGACGCUCCGGGACCUGAAUAGUUCAGACCCCCUCCACCUGAAGUACGUCAGAAAAAUCAAGAACGUGGCUCACGGGGACCCCAAUCUGGUUCUGGAAAAUCAUGACUACUUUGUAGACAACCUGGAUCUAUGCAUGUCGGCCUUCCUCGGUCUCAGUUUUCUAUCGAAAAACCGGGUGGAUGGUAGCCGUCCUGCCCACCAAACCGGACCACUCUUCCUUUCUGCCCGCACCCGGGAGCUGGAGGAGGGCUACCGGGACGCGGCCAGCAACGUGCUGGUGGCCACCUGCAGGCACUGCUGGCGGCUGGUGGCCCAGCACCUGGAGACCGAGGUCCUGUCGGGCGUCCUCCCGCACUGCAGCCUCCUCUACGUGAUGGGCGUCCUGACCUCUAACGAGGAGAUCUUCAAGGAGAGAGAGAAGGCUUGCUGGGAAGAGCAGCUGGCCCAAAACUCGGAGGACAUGCGGUGGAGGUGGGCGAGCAUCAUCCUGGCCUGUGGCCAGAGGGCGGACAAGGCCAAGACCCGCAUCCUCCCGUGGGUGGACAACGUCUUGUCACGGAUGGUUUUCUUCUUCCACUACAACUCCUGGGACGAAACCCUGAAGCAGAGCUUCCUCAUGGCCAUCCUCAUGCUGGUGGGGGCUGUCAGCCGCAACGAGGGCGCCCAAAGCUACGCGCUCUCCCAGGUCUCUGAGCUCUUCGAGUGUCUGAUGCUUCUGAUGGAGAAGGAGCCCCAGGACACGCUGUGCGCGUCGACUCGCCACCAGGCCAUCCACAUCAUCUCCAGCCUCUGCACAUCGCUGGAGGCGCUGAAGAGCCUGCUGCCCGCCACCAGGCACUGGCAGGACUUCGCCCACCUGGAGCUGCAGGGAGCCUGGGACCUCUUCGCCACCACUCACACCGACCCGCAGGGCAUGGGUCUCCUCGCCAGGGCCAUGGUGCAGAGCCGCUGCAAGCAAGUCGCAGCGCUGAUCACCCAGCUGCUACCCAGGCUGCAGAGCCGGGAGCAGCGGGGGAGGAAGGCAGCCAUCAUCAUCCUCACGGGGACCUGCUUCCUCUACAGCCCUGCCCUGCUGGAGGUGCUCCCCAAACAGGCCGCCCUGACCAUGCUGGCCCAAAGCCUCAGGGACCCCAGCCCUAGUGUGCUGAGCCUGUAGGCCCUGGGAAACAUCCUCUUCCACCCAGAGAAGGGACGCCUGCUCCGUGGACUGCUGCCGCCCUUCCUCGACGGCUUCUUCCACAGCAGCGAGUCGGUGGUGGUGCGCGUCAUGGGCACCGUGACGGACGUGCUGCACCGCCUGGGCGCACACAGCACAAAGGCCCAGAGCCUUGGCAUCGACAUCAACGCCCACUCCUUCUCCGACGACGAGCAGGAUGGAGUCCAGGCAGCGGCCAUGGCACUGUUCGGGGAGCUGGUGGCAUCAAUGACAGGCAGAAAGCUAAGUGGCCUGAGAACCCAGGUGCACCAGAGCAUGGUGGCCCUGCUCCUGCACCUGAAGGACAGCUGCCGGGCCGUCGUCACGCAGGCCAGCUCGCCUUCCACCGCGGUGCGGCUGCGGCACACCCUCUCCUGCAUGCUGGCCUGGGGGGCGAGCCUCGGUGCCAGCCACAUCCUCUGGAGCUGCCUGGUGAGCCGCAGCCAGGAGGGGCUCAGCGUCCCCUUGGCACAGGCCCUCGGCUGCCUGCACAGCCGCCGUCGGCACAUCGAGACCUGGGCAGCGCUCUUCGUGGGUUAUACCAUCAGCCACCACCCCCAGGCCGUGUCCCAGAUGGUCAAGGACAUGGACACGAAGCUGCUGUUCUGCACUUUUGAGGAUCUUAAGAAUGACCCAGAACCUGCCACCAGGCAGUCCUCCUUCCUUCAGCAGGUGGCAGCCGGACCGCGCUGA